GCGCUGCCGGAAAAGAAACGACCGCGUUGGGAUAAAAGUGCAGCAGCUAGGCUAAGCAGCAUGCUAAAAAUUGUGCAAUAUAUUGCUCAGCCAAAAUCGGCUGCCUGCAGCUGGCGGAAUCUGCUAUUGAUUUCUCCGCAGCCGAUUUCACGAUUAGAGAAAUGUGUAACCCAACGUCGCCAUUUUCUUUUCUCCAGCGGUAGCAGCGCUUCUUCUUCAACGCUCUGCAGAGAACAACGCCAACAGUUCCACGGGAGUGUCACCAGGAAUCGGACUAUAUAUCCGCUAUAUCCCAUUUCAGGAGUGUUGACCCAAUCGCAGCGUGCGUUUCAAAACAGUUCUGAUACGAGUCCAGAUUCUCUCCCGACGGCAGAGCAACCAAGAAGAAAAUCGCUUUUCUCAGAUCCAGACGAUAAAGAGGAUUUCAAAAUUGCAGGAAUAAUGGCACCCCACGAUCGCGACUUUGGUCACAACUCGCGAGGAGGACGCGGCGGCGAUCGCAACGAUGACCGACGUGGAGGCGGCGGCGGCGGCGGUGGUGGAGGGGGCAACCGCUUCGGAGGCGGUGGCGGCGGCGGCGGCGACUAUCAUGGAGUGAGGAACGGUCGCAUCGAGAAACGUCGUGAUGACCGCGGAGGUGGCGGACGUUUCGGCGGCGGCGGCGGUGGUGGCGGUGGAGGAUUCGGCGGCGACCGACGAGGUGGCGGAAGCCAGGAUCUUCCAAUGCGUCCGGUGGACUUCUCCAACCUGGCACCGUUCAAGAAGGACUUCUACCAGGAGCACCCCAGCGUGGCAGCCCGUUCGCCUUACGAAGUGCAGAGGUACCGCGACGAGCACGAGAUCACCGUGCGAGGACAGGCGCAGAACCCCAUCCAGGACUUCUCGGAGGUGUAUCUGCCCGACUACGUGAUGAAGGAGAUCCGCCGGCAGGGCUACAAGGCACCGACCCCCAUCCAGGCACAGGGCUGGCCCAUCGCGAUGAGCGGCUCCAACUUUGUGGGCAUCGCCAAGACCGGCUCGGGCAAGACCCUGGGCUACAUUCUGCCGGCCAUCGUCCACAUCAACAACCAGCAGCCUCUGCAGCGUGGCGACGGACCCAUCGCCCUCGUGCUGGCCCCCACUCGGGAGCUGGCCCAGCAGAUCCAGCAGGUGGCCACCGAGUUCGGUUCGUCGUCGUAUGUUAGGAACACCUGCGUCUUCGGCGGUGCCCCCAAGGGCAGCCAGAUGCGGGAUCUGCAGCGCGGCUGCGAGAUUGUCAUCGCCACUCCCGGACGCCUCAUUGAUUUCCUCUCGGCUGGAUCCACCAACCUGAAACGCUGCACCUACCUGGUUCUCGAUGAGGCGGAUCGCAUGUUGGACAUGGGCUUCGAGCCCCAGAUCAGGAAGAUCGUCUCACAGAUCCGGCCCGACAGGCAGACGCUCAUGUGGAGCGCCACAUGGCCCAAGGAAGUGAAGCAGCUGGCCGAGGACUUCCUGGGCAACUACAUCCAGAUCAACAUUGGAUCGCUGGAGCUCUCCGCCAACCACAACAUCCGCCAGGUGGUGGAGGUGUGCGACGAGUUCAGCAAGGAGGAGAAAUUGAAGAGCCUCUUGUCGGACAUCUAUGACACCAGUGAAAAUCCCGGCAAGAUCAUCAUCUUCGUGGAGACCAAGCGCCGCGUGGACAACCUAGUGCGCUUCAUCCGGAGCUUUGGGGUGCGCUGUGGCGCCAUCCAUGGCGACAAGUCGCAAUCCGAGCGCGACUUUGUGCUCCGCGAGUUCCGCUCCGGCAAAUCCAACAUCCUGGUGGCCACCGACGUGGCAGCCAGAGGCCUGGAUGUGGACGGCAUUAAAUAUGUCAUCAACUUUGACUACCCGCAAAACAGCGAGGACUAUAUCCAUCGGAUUGGACGGACAGGACGAUCCAACACCAAGGGCACCUCCUUCGCCUUCUUCACCAAGAACAAUGCCAAGCAGGCCAAGGCGCUGGUCGAUGUGCUCAGAGAGGCUAAUCAGGAAAUCAAUCCUGCCCUGGAGAAUCUGGCCCGCAACUCGCGCUACGACGGUGGCGGCGGACGGUCUCGUUAUGGAGGCGGCGGUGGCGGUCGCUUCGGCGGCGGCGGCUUCAAGAAGGGCAGCCUGAGCAACGGUCGGGGCUUCGGCGGUGGCGGCGGCGGUGGCGAAAACAGGCACUCGCGCUUCGACUAAAAUCGUAGCCAAACAGAGAGCAGUAAUAGAAGCUAUAGAAACAGGAGAUUCAGUAGCUAAACUAAACCGCGCUAGCCCCUAAGUUAAACUAAGUUAUUAGCCUAAGUUUUCGUACCGAACUUUCACCGAACCGCUGCCGGUUGUUCUCAGAUUACGUUUCUGAUUUUUUAAGAACUAAAAACCCCUACCCCCCCUAAGAAAACAUAGCACAUUUAUGUUUAAAUGAUUUUGUAUUAUUCUAUCUAUUUGACGCUGCACCAGGAAGGUCGGCUAUUUCCAACUGAAAAUCAUCAAAAAAACAAACACACUCUUUACUUAACCGCAAAAACAAACAAUUUUUAAAUAUAAUGUGAUAAUUUUAUAAUUUAAUGCAAACCGUAUCACUAACGUAAACGCAAAAAAAAACAAAACAAAAACUAAGAAGAUGUAGCGCGAGAUGUAUGAAAUGGUGUAGUAAAGGAAAAGAAGGAGUAUAAGGAUGUGUAAGGAUCAUUCCCGUCUGUCCCGUCUUGAUGACAAUGAACAAAGGCUGACGAGCGACCUUUGUUUGAUAAAUAAAUAUUUCAAUUAACUUUUGGAAAAUUACAUUUUUGGAUACCUUUUAUGGCUCAAACUGGAAACCGGAAAAAACCCAUUAAAUACAAAAGAACCUCUGUAUGUACAAGAGAAUUUCUCAUUUCAAUUUAAUUUUUCUGAAAAAAUAAUAAAAAUAAAAGUGUUUAUACCUAAA